UUGGUGGCCCCAGAGCUGCUGUGGUCCUGGGUGGCAGUGGUGACAGCCUUAGCAGCACAGCCUAGAUCCUGGAAUGAAGAAUAUGAGGAACAGCACUCAGAGGCCAGACUUCUGGGGCAGACCUUCCACUCUUCUGAUGAGGUCCCUGAGCCCGCCCCCAGCCCAUGGCCCCCGUCUGCCAGGCGUCUGGAGUUUGUAUUGAUGCCUACAAAACGGCAGCUGAGCGAGGAUGAGACCACCACCAAGGGGGUGAGGGCCCCUGAGGCCUCCCCAAGUCUGUCUACCACAGCCGACAAGCCAACCGCCUGGAAUAGCCCCUUCCCUCUGUCCAUCCUAGAGGAGAAGCAGUGGCCUCAGUCUUGCUCCACACAGUCUGACAUUGUGCCCAUCAACAUCUCUGGGCAGCAGUUUGAUAAACACGCAAGUUUGCGACACUCGUUGUUUAAUACAGAGACGGCCGUGAACCCCAAGUCCACCCUGAGGCGGAGGCGGACCAUUAUUGGAUUCUCUAACUUUUCCCAGCGAGACCAAGGUCACAGCCACAGCCCAGCAGGCAGCGUGGCUCUCUCUACCACCUCAGAUAUCAGGCCCAGUCAUUCAGUUCCAGAAGGUGUUCAUGGAAGAGUUGCAGUUGGACAGGACACUUGGUCCCCAAAUCUCGCUUUGCCUGCACUGAGAAAUCCUUCUAUUGAUCUGGAAGACACUCACCAGGCACAUAGUGGCACAAACCCUGCUGGCAUGGAGAGCAUGGGAAUGGUGUACAGUGCCCCCAAUUCUUGCAAUGGACCAACGGAAUCUACCUUCUCUACUUCCUGGAAAGGAGAUGCUUUUACCUAUAUGACUCCGAGUGCCACCAGCCAGAGCAAUCGAGUCAAUGAGAAUGGGAAAACUCCUUCUUCUGGAAAUGCUUGGGUCUCUCUGAACGCACUCCCAUCUCUAGUUCCUAAGGAGGAUGCUAGCCUUUUUGGUGCUCGUGAUGACCCAGCAGGAUGUGGUGGGGUAGCCGGCUACUCUGAGCCCCCUGCUCAACGAAGGCAAGUACCAGAAAGAGCCGUCAAGAUUGGCGUUCUGACCAGUGGUACCUUGAGGCCGGAGACAGACCCAAGUGGGGCCAACAGAUUCCGGGAGCGGUCACUGUCUGUGCCCACAGACUCAGGCACCAUAGAUGUGGACUAUAAUGAGGAGCAGAAGGCCACUGAAGCCUGUGCCCUCCCUCAUGCCAGUACAAGUUCUGAGGGCAGUACCAGUGCUGACACCAUUGCCUCCCUUAGUGCUGAACAGGAGGCUCAGCACAGAAGGCAGAGGUCUAAGAGUAUCUCACUCAAGAAGGCCAAAAAGAAGCCUUCUCCACCGAUGCGCAGUGUCUCACUGGUCAAAGAUGAGCAAGUCCUCCUGCCAGAAGGUGGAUCGGCAUUACCCAAGGACCAGAGGCCCAGGAGCCUUUGCCUCUCCUUGGAACCCCAAGGACAUCACUUGUCCCUCCCAGAUGGUCAGAGUCACCCAGCUGUUCCAACCCUCAAAGAUCCAGAAGGUGCACAAUUCUCCCACCACUGGUAUCUUGCUGACUGGAAGUCUGGUGACACCUACCAGUCCUUGUCCAGCUCUAGCACUGCCACUGGCACCACAGUUAUUGAGUGCACCCAAGUCCAGGGAAGCUCCGAAUCUCUUGCCUCCCCUUCUACCUCCAGAGCCACUACACCUUCCCAACUCUCCAUUGAGGUGGAGGCCAGAGAGGUAUCCUCCCCAGGAAGACCCACUGGACUGAUGUCACCCUCUAGUGGAUACUCCAGCCAAUCAGAGACACCAACACCCACUGUCUCCAUGUCCUUGACCCUGGGCCACUUACCGCAUCCAAGCAACAGUGUCCGGGUACGUCCAAUGGUACCUGAGAGGAAGUCAUCACUACCCCUGACAUCACCAAUGGAGAGAAGUUCCAAGUCACGCCUUUCAUUUGACCUACCAAUGACCUCUUUGACCAACCUGGAUCUGUCUGGGAUGAGUAUCUCCAUCCGAAGCAAACCCAAGGUGAGCCGGCAUCACUCAGAUACAAAUUUUGGAGCCAAGCUGGCCCAGAAAACUAGUCCCAACCAGCCAAUCAUGCUCAUGGUUACUCAGUCUGACCUACGUUCUGUUCGCCUGAGGUCAGUCAGCAAGUCUGAGCCAGAAGAUGACACUGAGAGCCCUGACUAUGCUGAGGAACAUGGAGCAGAAGUCUUCACCUUGCCAGAAAGAAAGAUGAAGCCUCCAGUAGCUGAGAAGCCGCCCCUGGCCCGAAGGCCUCCAAGCUUGGUCCACAAGCCACCAUCUGUCCCCGAGGAGUACCCACUAACUUCACCUACCUUGGCUACACCCCCCAAGAACUCAAUUCAACACAUGAGACCGCUCCCUCAAGAGAUCUACACAGUGGUUCCAAAACCAAACUCCCCCAGCUUUUCCGAUGGCAGAAGCCCAGGGGAGUCAGCAGCGCCCUCAUCAUUUCUUUUCAUGCCUUUUGCCAGUUCCUCUGGUGCUUUCUUCUCAGGAAUACAGCAGCCUCCCCAGGGAAGUAUGGAGGAUGAGGGCCCCAAGACAAGAGCCCUCCCUGAAAGAAUUGGCCUCCAGAGCCAGGAAGAAGCUGAGAAAAAGAAAGGCAAGAUUCCACCUCCUGUGCCAAAAAAGCCCAGCGUGCUGUACCUGCCUCUCGCCUCACCCACGGCUCAGAUGGAGGCCCACAUGGCAGAACCAAGGCUGCCUCUAAGCCCCAUCAUCACCCUGGAAGAAGAUGCCAAGUGUCCCCCCUCCAGCAAUGACCUGCAGUCACCUGGUAAAAAGAUGACUCCUACUUCACAGACUGACAACGAAAAGGAGGCGAGCCCUCAGGAGAGUUCUAUGGAACCAAGCACCGAAGAAAAAAGUUUCAUCAGCGAUAAAACAGCCGAAUCGAUUGCAGAGGAUGAUGAUGACGUUUUUGUGACUUCCCGCACCACUGAAGAUUUAUUUACUGUGAUACACAGGUCCAAAAGAAAGCUGCUGGGCUGGAAGGAGCCGGGUGAGGCCUUUGCUGGCAGCAGACCCAGCUCCCACUCACCAGUAAAGCGCACAGCUGAUUCUCCAAUCAGUGAGUCUGUUGCCACUACAGGGUCAAGCAGCGGUGCCAGCCUAGAUGCUGGCAGAAACGAUGAUUUCAAGGCCUUGCUACAGAAGAAGGGAAGUAAGGCACCUCCAAGGUCCCGCCCAUCAGCAGCUGAACUGCUGAAGACCACUAACCCCUUGGCUCGGAGAAUUAUUACCCAGUUUUCGAAAGACUAUGAAACCAACGAUAACCCCAGUACCUAGGCCCUGAGUUCAACGAGCAUGGUUUAGUCACUAAACUUGAGCAGAGCAGGGGAAAGAGGAAGAAUUUUUAAAAAGGAACCAUGGGAAUAACAAAGAACCCGACAUUUCUUUUGCAUUAACUCACACUCCGGAUAGCAGGAGAGAAGCCACUUCAUCUAGAGCUAAAAUCUUCAGGCACUUUAAUCAUCGUCAAGCAUUUUACGUUUUCUCACUUAUAAUUUUGCCAUUACUGACUACCGAUUUUCUUCUUCUCUUCCCCCACUGAUGUGCACUGAGAAGAAAUUCUCAGAUGCAAGAGCAUGUGUGCCAUCCUUUAAAUCAGUGACCAGGCUGCCCUAUCCCUGGCUCCUGUCACAGAGGAGCACAGUGUGAGGGCAGAUGGAGGACUGCCAAACCUGGGGGGCCUAAGGUGCCAUUGCUGUUUAUUCACUUUUUUGACGAGGCCUCAGAUGGCCCUGUGUGGAGCUACAGAAAGACUCUGAUGCCUCUUCAACCUGUUUAACUCUCCCCCACGAGAGGGUUGCAGGUGUGCGCUUACUUGGGCAUGGGGUUGAUUGGAUGGCUUUGUCGUGCAAAAUAUGAAUGUGACUGUCCCGAAACUUCAUGCCUUUUGCAGUUUGAUUGUCUACACGGAGAUCAGGGUGAUGAGUUUCAAUGAAAAUAUAGAACCCCCCACCCCACCCCACAUACACCCGUUAGCUAGAAAAGGCCAGGAUGAGAUUUCUUUUGGUGACCCAAGAGUGGCCAACAAAUGAGGCAGUCAUUUGUUCACUCAGAUUGAUCUAAGAUAACUUGCAUGUGCGCCUUGAGAUCCUCCAAAUGUCUGUCAACAGUCAUAGCUAGGCUCUGUGCCCAACUCAUGCUGCAUCCUAAAAAUGCUUGUUGUUUCAUUUGCAUAUAACAUUCAUUAUAGGAAGUAAUUAGUUGAAGGAACAGCAUCAUCUAAGGCUCAAGGAGGAUGGGAAGUAAGUACAACUUACCCACCACCAUUCAGUUCAGAUUGUGGUUUUUGGUUGGUUUGGUUUUGUAUAAAGGAAGUCUUACUCUGUUCAGAAAAACAGGAAUGUAUGACCACAAGGACAUAUCCAAAAUCUCAAAGACAAUGUUGUAAGGUGCUCUGGCCCUUAACACACAAAAAGUGCUACUUUGGGCCAUCUAGUUCCUGCUGUUUGAUCAAUUUUCAAUUAACAGUGCUGGGGAAGAGUGUAAGAAAUAGGGUAAAUGGGGCGCUGAAAGAGCGCCAAAACAAUCCUUGUACUCUUCCCUCCCUCCAAAGCUUAGAGGCACUAACUAUACUUGACAGUUCAAUUUUCUAAGCAGAGCAAGAGCACUGAAUCCUUUGAUUUUCAUGUGCCUGAUUUCUGGGAGGUUGGGAUGGAGGUGGGGGGACAGACAAAACAUUGAACAAAGAAAAUCUACUGACCAAUAAUGGAGAGUUAAUUCUCUACCCUUCUCAAGAAGGAAAUGGAAAAUUCAAAUGAAAUUGUAGCCUACUUCACCCCUUCCUCCUCCACCCCCCACCCACCCCCACCCAACAGAUACAUUGCUCAACCUGGAGGGUGCAGUAACAACCCCAAAGACAGGCAGAGCUUGAUUUGGAUAGCAAGUUCUUAGCUCAACUGCUCACACCCCAGGAAAAGUGACACCUGGUUCUAAGAAGACUUGGGCCUGUCACCUAGAAGCCCUAGGGCCUAGGUCCUUGGUUGGUACAGUUUUGAAUUUUAGUCUUCCGGGCACAGUCCAGGAACACCAACUCCCUUGCAGUCAGCACUUCCCCUUGAUUUAGAGAGAAGCCACUUAAAAUAAUAAACACAGCUAGUGAAAGCCCAGUUGCUUUUUAAAGUAUUUGAAUGAUUCAGAUUGAAGGUCUUGAGCAGAUUUCAGGGGUUUUGUUGUUUGUUGUUGUUGUUGUUUUGUUUGCCUGAAAUAAAGUAGAUUCAUUCCUGGCCUUGAUUUAUAUACGAAUGUCACGCUUGUCUGCGCCAGACUCACAAUUUGAAAAGACUGAAACUUUUCCCUCUGUAGGAAAAAGAGGAGUGUCUCUGUUCACCUAACAAAAGUGAAAGGCUGCCAAGGCCUGCUCCUUGUGAACCAUUAUGAAUAGUUGAACUCUGAAGCCGAGUAUGCGACUUACAUGGUACAGGACUUUUGCUUCUGCUGAUUUUUCAGGCACCUUCUGAUUUGCUACUUCUAGUGGUUCUUGCCUCUCCUCUCACAUUGCUGCUCUCUAGUGGUUUGCCCCAAAGAUACUAAAGCCGAAUGCCCAGACACCUUUAUGUUUUUCAAAUACUUUGAUUCUUUCUUGCCUCUACAAUACUCUAUGCGUGGGAUCUUUUUAGGACAUCUUCCCACAUGGUCCUCAAAUUCCCAUUAGUGCAUGAAGAUGUGGGUCAGAGAUGGUAUGGCCACAGAUAACAUUUAGGACUGGAAAUACUCAUUUAAUAUUUUGCAGCAGAGAGACCUAGUCCCAAACAAACAAACAACCAAACUGUAACAUCUCUACCAGUCAUUUUCAUUGAUCACCAUAAUGCCAACCCCCACCCCCCGGGACUUCCCACAACGUUUGCUGCCUUCUACACAUCUUCUGCUGAGAGUGAAGAAGGGAGGCUGAAAGCCCCUCUCCGGAAGGCUUUCAGAGAACCAAAUAACAACAACAACAACAACAAUAGUAAUAAUAAUUUUUAAAGGCAGAGUACAGAAGAGGUUUGAGUGAAAUGAAGUUGACCCCAGGAGGUCAACUUCCACUUCAAGUUGUUUCUAUCACUUUUUCUGCCCCCUCUGAUUCCAACCAAGAGCCAGGUGGCUCUGCUAGACUGACUUCAAUCCAUUCAGGAGUAGAGAGAGCCAUCCCCAGAGGAGGUUAAUAGGGAACUAGGAGUGCUUUGCACUUGGUAUUCAUUACAUAUUGUGGUUCAGAUGGUGAGGGUAGAGAGCAAGCUAUUCCCAGGACAAUAGCAAGUUUGCUGGUUUCGCUUCUCCUUUGCCUGCACUACCUGGUUUGCCUCAGCCUCUCGCCUGGCCCCACUUGUCCCUCAGCCCCAACUCCCGUGAACUGCAUAAAGGACCCAUAAAGUAGGCAAGACAAUAGGCAGCAAAAUAGUUCGUGUCAGCAGAAUGACCAUAAUUAUACCAGUUUAUCUAGGGUGUGCAAGGACAGAUGAGAUUCUAGAAGGCUCUUAUGACCAGCAUUUCACCUGACAUCCAUUUUAACUAUCGAGACUGCGUAGAUCUCAUUGGAAUCCCCCUGUACCUCUUGGUCUGAGCUUAACAAACUAUUCAUUAAGAGGCAAGUUCACGGUGAGUGAUAUGUUGUUCCUCAUUGGUUUAGCCUUCCAUUAUCGCCAAGUCUGUAACAGAAUGAAGAGCAUUUCCUUUAGUAUGAUUUGCCAGGGCCAGGACUAGGGUGAGGUGAGUGAAGCAUCGAGGGCUCAAAAUUUAAGGAGGCACCCAUUCUCAGGGUUAUGCAAGUGCCUUACCAUAGUCCCAGCCCUGUGAUUUGCACUCUAUAAAGUACUGGUUCGUCUUCCUACGAGCAAGUAUGGUUUUCAGUUUUUUUAGUAACUUUCUACCUGUUGUUGCACCAAAUGUUUUAUUGCUGUUUUUCCAUUGCUAUAAAUCUAUGUAUACAUUAAAGAAUGUUCAGCAUUAUCAGAAACAUAGUUUAUUCAUAUGUAACCUGCUCCAAGUGGCAAGUUAGCACCCAUUUCAUAGGGAUGCAGACAGGGACAGCCCUUAAGCAAAAUGGGGAAUGAGUUGGAGGUCUGUCUUUGGGAUCCUCAGUCUCCCCUUUUUGCUCCAUUCUCCCCAAACCAUGUUUCCCAGCCCCAACUCUCCUCAGUGCCUCUUAGUUUGUGCUCCUUUCUAAGAAAAGCAUGCUCUCAGGAAAGGGAUAAAUUCAUUUACCUUGAGACUAUAAGGCUUAAUGCUACCUCUUUUGAAGGUCAUUUCCAUUUUAACGGGGGAAAAGCCUUAAGCCAAAGGAACGAAGUUCUACUUGUAAACUUUGGGGCAUCAACUACUUGUAGAAGUAUAUUUUUUCACCAUGGAAAGGCCAGAUUCCCUGACAGCUAACUCCACAAUGUUGGAAAUAUCUUAAUCUCCUCAAAUUAUUUUGGCCAACUGCCAAUGGUCAAUAACAUUGCCUUGAUACUCAGUGCUAUUCAAUAUGAUUACUACCAAGGGACCCUCAGCAGUGGCUACUAAGCCACUGAGAAGGCCUACAUCAUUCAUAUUGUACAUUAACACUUUAUGUCAGUGGAGUUGAUGCCACUUACCAUUUGAGUAAAAGAAUGCAAGCAUUUAAGGAGUUUGUGAAAAUGUGUUCCUGUUUGUGAAAGGUGAAAAUGUCCAGUCAGUGUCCUUAUUCAGUCAUCCGGUAUUGGUGGUGAUCACUAAACUUAUUGGAGGUACAACUUUAUGAAACAUGAGUCUCUGCUUCCCCCAACUCUAUCUAUGUUAUGUGCAAUCACUCACCUUGGUGUGAAAAUGAGACCAUAUCUAUACCAGAGAACCCAGUCCCUUCAAAGCCUUUGCAUGCAUUUCAGAUAUAAGUGGCUACAAUAUUGGGGAUUUAAAAGGCCGAGAGAGUGGGAAGGAGCUGCUUGUGUCAAAAAGCAAAUGAAAUAAGCAAAGCUUUAGAAUGCUUUGAAACAGAUUUAUAGACGAAUACCAUAGUAAAUGGUUAUAGACAUGCAUUCAGAGCGCUUUUAAUGUUUAGCAAAAAGAAAUUUGCAAAAGUAAUCGGUAAUGUGGAAUAGGUAUACACUUCUGUUCAAUAAAGCCCCAAAUCCAAGCCAGUGGCUCUCAGAUUGGGUCCCAGAAGCGGCGACAGCAGCAUCCCUGGAAUAUGUGUGUGUAUGUGUGUGUAUAAUAUUCAUAUUCCAGUGAUGUAACAACUCUCCAACCUUCUGCCGUCAUUACAGUAGUCUCUGGCCAAGUGAUUUAUAUUGUCAGGUUUGUUGGGUGUAAAAGAGUUAUCAGAUUGAAUCAACCACUUGCUCAAUCGGCCAAACUGAUUUGGUGGAUCCAGUACAUCCGGCCUGUUUUUGGUUUAAAACAAUUUUUUUUGAACACAAGGAAUUGGAAAGGUAUUGGGUUUGUUGGAUAUUUCAAACCCUUAAAUACCUGUCUUUACCACGGUUGCUAUUCCCUAGGAGGGCUCUGGCCGAAGUAUAUUUGAUCUUAAGCUUUUGCCUAAAUAGUGGCAUUUGAUAGCAAUGAAUCCAAAAUUAAAAUCUGAACUGGAACAACCAGUUGACAUCUCUCAGCCUCUUUGUAAUGCCAUGCUUUAUAGAAAUUUAUUCCUUAUAUGGUCUUGAGCUUUUUUUAAUGUCCAGUUUUAUAAAAUGUUAUGCAUGCAAACACAGCAUUGUGCUCGUUGUACGAGUCGCCUCAAACUCAUCCCUUCCUCCAUAGGUAUGAUGAUGAAGAAAUAUCAUUAUGUAUGUUCUUAAGUCUCCCGAUCAAUUGUAAAUUACAAAUCUUUUCAUUAAUUUUUAAAUGAAAUAUAUUUACUCUGGCUAGUAGUUAAAAUUAUAUUCUUUUUAUUAUUAUAUUUCAUUGCUAUUUUUUUCUACUGUCUCCGAAGCAUACUUUGGGGAAUAUUUGUUUUUUCUAGAUUGUUGUAUUUAUCUUAAUUCUAUAUUUAUCUAUAAUUGCAGAAUGUUAGAAUUGAAAGGGACCAACCCUUCAUUUUAUAGAUGAGGAAACUAAGGCCCAGAAAGGUCAAAUAACUUACACAAGGUCACACAGUUAGUCAGUGGCAGGGCUCAGGCUAACCCAGGGCUUCAACCUCUGAUGCCAGUGUUUUUUCAUUUAAAGCACUGCAUUUAUAGAAGGCCCACAGCUGGCUUCUACUUUAAUGACACAUGAAUUCCCCCAGGUAUUCCAGUGAACUAAUAUAUAUAUGCUUUAAGACAAAAUGCUACGAGUUUUGUAGUUCGUGAAUCCAAAGACAAAUCAGAUUUUCAGUUUAGAAACAUUCCCCAUUUCCCUCCAAAUUCAGUGUGCCCUACUUUAUACAAUAGAUGUUUUCCCUAAAAGUUGUGUGAAAAUGGAUUUUUAUUGAUCAAAUUCCAUUUUUUAGUAGGGAAGCUUCCUAUGUAAGGGAAUCUUCUGGUCACUUUUUUUUUUUUUUUUUAACUAAGAUCUCUCUUGUCAUCCUCCCAUAUGUCUCUACUUUUUUUUAGUGUGAACUUUUGUAUUUGGUGUUUAUUUAAAGUUAGGCAGAACAAUAUAAACUUUCCCCGAAUCUACUUUACCCUUCUCAAUCUUUAUGAAGUAUUUUCAGAGUGUUAGAUUCUCAUGCCAUACCCAUUGUGUUCUAGAAACUUUACCUAGCUUGAUAUUUUGUCAAUCCCUGGGCUCAAACCCCAUCUCCAUCUUAUCAAACAAUAGCAGAAUCCCCUGAUCAGUCCUGAGCUCUGCAUGCAGUCUGUUUUCCAGAACAUUCUUUGCCUAACUCCUUAGUAUAUCUCUCUCUUUAGUUAUUCUUGGACUUCCUUCCAUAGUUCAUGCAUACCUCCCUGUGCUGUGGAGUUGUAGGCAGUGCACCUGUAAGGGUAUGCUAGUCAUAGUUAGUCGUAUUAUUUCCUUUGUUCUCUUGUUUCUCCUGGACCUUCUCACCAGAGACUGGUGGCAUAUCUACCAUCAUAUAGACCAGGGGUUGACAACCUUUCUGUAAAGGGACAGACAGUAACUAUUUUAGGCUUUGUGGGCCACCUAAGUCUCUGUUGCAUGUUCUUUUCUGUUGGUGGUGGUGGUGGUGGUUGGUUUGUUUCACACCCCUUUAGAAAUGUAAAAAUCAUUCUUUGCUCAUGGGAUGUACAAAGCCACAGAUCAGACUUGGCCCACUUGCCAUAGUUUGUUGACCCCUGAUCUUCUGGGGCAGGCAUUUCUGUGACCUGCUCCAUGUGAUAGGUUUAUAUUGUGUAUUAGGUAAUGUGGCUCACUGCACUCUCAUCUACUGCAUGGUCAGCCCAGUCCAACUGCCCAGAGGUGGCUGGAGACAGGCUUCAUAUGCCAAUAGUUACUCUUCAAUAGAGUUUCCUUCAUGUUCUCCCUUUCUCUCUCUUUCUCCCUCCCUCCCUCUCUUUCUCUCCAUCCCCCCCACCAUCACCACCACCACACACACCCCACCUUCUCAUUACUGACUACCUUGGUGUAGGAACCCUCAUUCUUUUCUCCAGACCUGUCGUACUUAUCCGAUGUGCCUCUCUUCCUUGGGGUUAGGGUAGGCUGGUAGGGAAUGAUGGAUUUCUGAGUUUUUCUUACUUCUUUUGUCUCACCAUUACUCUCCCAAACCGUGCUUGGGGACCCCUGCCCUGGGCUGCCCUGUCCCACCGUACCCCAUACUGCCAUCACAAGUUUAGGGCUGAUGCUGCAAAGCCAUGAGAUUCCAGCUUGCUUAGUUCCAAAAGCUUGUUUUAAAACCUGGAAUGUCCAUGUGUCCAUUUACUAAUGGGGUUUGGACCCUCUAUAGACAGAACACUCAGCCUCAGCAAGAAAACCAAUGAGGUGUCCACAGAUUUUCCUUGACUAAACUCCCUGCCUUCUGGGCUCCCUGGGAGGUCCCAUGUAACAGCACAACCAGUGAACCACCUCCUCCUGUUUUCUAAACCUCUAAAAGGAUUCUCUAAAGCUUCUUCAAAUCUUCUUCCAUGCUACUUGGAGGUCUAAAACUCAGAUUUAUAUUUUCAUACUUCUCUGUAUAAACACUGAGAAAGACAAGUGAAUGGGAAGAUGUGUGCCUGUGUGUGUGUGAGUGUGGUUUCUACACCUGAGUGUGAGGGCCACAUUCAUUAAUGAAUUAAAACACACACACACACACACACACAUACACACUAUCCCAGUGUUCUCAUUGGCUCCCUGGUCCAGGUCCAGUUCUAAUGGGACAGUGAAGGAGAGGGAGAUGGUGGGGGCCCCUGAGUCAUUUCCUGUUUCUUGUCUUUUGAGACUUGUGAGUUGCUCCCGUAUUCUUUCCACCAGCCUAUGCUGGCUUUUCCCCAGGAAGCCAUUUGAAGAAACUCCUCUGUGACAACUCUGGACAGAAUGACUUUCCGAGACCUAAGGUUUUAAUUCAAUAUGGGCUCAGUGAUUUGGACGUACCUCUCAGGUUGCAGCUUUUCCUAAUUAAACAAUUUGCUUCUUAAGACCUUUAGCUCUGUUUCUGUCAUUUGAGCCCAGGGGUCUACCCACUUUCUGAAAUCUGAAUUUAAAAAACCAGAUACCCAAGUAGCUUUUGGGAUUUUCUUAUUUUAAAGCAUCAGCAAAAUAGUUCCUUUCUGCCUUUGAUUAGUAUUUCCAGAAUUAAGAAGGGAAGCUAGGCUUGUGCCUUGGACCCUGAAACAGCAAAAAUAUUACACUUGCAAAAAACAAAAUGAGGAAUGAGAAUUGGCCAGUCCUACUAUGCAUAGUCAGGAGACAGGCUUUUGUUAAGUUAGCACUUACCAUUUAAUGCCUCUUGAGUGCCAAAAAUGCACGUAAGAAAACUAACAGAGUCAGGAAUUUACAGACCAGUAUCAAACUGGAAGGCAGAGAUAAGACAAUUCCCCCAGUGAUAAGAAUGUGUCCCUGGAUAAAAAUUGCAAGAAGCAGAAAACUAGGAGAGAUCAUAAUCCCAGUCUUUUUAGAAUUCCAACGCAAAAUCGAAGGGAGCCCUCUGUGGGGUGAUAUAACAAAGGGUUUUUCUUAUCUUUCUUAAAAAACAAAACAAACAAAAAAAGCAUUCCUUACUGGCUUGCUACCAGCAAUUGAACUGUAUUCUUUAUAUAGCUAGAGCUGUUUGUGUCUUCUUAAAAUAAACUUUUUCUUUAAAAUCGUU